UCUUCAACAGGAAAUAUCAAAUUUGACAGCCUAGGUGAUAAAAACGCUAUUUGUUGAGUUUUAUCAAUUAUCUACAUGUAUGAAAACGAACAGAUUUAAAGAGAUAAAAUAUUUGUAUAUAAACUCUUCAGAAUCAUCGAUUGUCAUUAAAUCUUAAGUUUAUUUACUUUCACUGUAUGAAAAACGGAUAGAACGAAAUUCGGAUGACUUCUGGUUUCGGAUACAGUGAUCGGCACUACACAAACAAGCUCCAUUAGCAUGUGUAAUAAUCUUAAAAAUCAUGACUGCCGCCUACAAAAUCUCAGCUAAGGAUUUUAUCUUUUAAAGCCUGAAGGUAUAAAGCAUUUUUCACCUCGUAAUACACUAUUGCAGCAAGAAAAAUAAUGUACAUUUUAGUGUAUCCGUAAAAAUACAAGACUGAGAUGAAAUAAUGGAUGAUUCAGUUGAGGACAAUGUUGACACUUCAUUACUAGAAGAGGAACACUUUGUUGAUGAUGCAACAAUCUCAAAUAUUGAUCAAGGAAUAGUUGAUUUUGAUGCUGUUACCGGCAGCGACAAUAUACAAAAGAACACUGAUAACAUGCUCACGUUCGAGAGUUUUAAUGAACUUACUGACAAAAGUGAUUUAAAGGAACAUUCUGUUAUGGGGCAAAUAGUCAACUCUAACAAUAAAACUGAAUCGCUGCUGGACAGCGAAUCAAUGAAAGAUCUAGAGUUUGCAGGUAAAAGUGAUGAGACUGGUAUUGCAGAAAUUUUAGGAAACCAUGUGUCUUUCCAGUCAGUCUGUGCAGUAAGUGCAGUUGAUAUAACUAAUGCAGAGUCGGAAUCUGACAGAGAAACAGAUCUGCCUAAUCUUGAAAACAUAAAUGGAACAGAAGUAGAGAUGAAUCUCUUACCAUUUCCACACAACCGUUCCCAUUUUGAAGAGGAAGCAACCGGAAAACAACAUGAUCAGUGUAACGUAUCUACUUCACUCUUGGACAUAGGUAAGAACGACUGUAGAGGAAAGUUGCCGGUAACAGUGGAUGAUAACUUAGACAAUUGUUUCGUUUCAUUCUUUGACAAAGAACCAGAUGAUUCAACCUCUCGUUCUGAUGCAACUUCAUUACUCCUUCCAUCUUUUGAACAGAUCUAUGACAAUGACUCUGAAACCGGCAGUAAUUUACAUGAGAGCCAUGUAUGCUUACCGAUGGAUAGGCUAGUAAUAUCAUCUUUUGAUGAGAACUGUGACAGUGACUUAAAUAGUAGCAAUAUACAGGCAUGUGAUGAAAUUUCCACAGAGAUAGGCCAGUAAUGUUUUCACAGAUUCCAAAUUUUGAAAUGUUGGAAAAUAAUACUUACGAAGCUUCUGGAAACAAAAGGUCAUUGUUUGAAGAUAAGAAUGUGGUAGAAUUACUGAAAGAAAUACAGAAUGAUUUGCUCAGCAAAAAUGACAACGACGAUUUUGGACUUGCAGAGCUAUUUGAGGAAUCACAAUCUGGUGCAAAAUAUUCUACCUCUGGUGUAAAAAGUAAAGCUGCCAAAAAGAGGAAGAAACAACAGCAGAAACUUAGGAGAUUGGUAGUAAGUCGGAAGACGGAAAAUAACAGACGAAAUUUUGCUCAAUCUUUCCAGGAAUUACAGAAUUCUCAAGUGGUUUUUGAUGACAGUGAUAUUGAUUCAAGCAUCACAUGCCCUGUAUGUUUAGAAAUGUACCACAUGCCUAGAACGUGCAACCCGUGCGGUCACAUAUUCUGUGACCCAUGUCUACGCAGAUUGACUGGUCAAGGGUCAGAAGGUAUUCCUUGUCCUUUAUGCCGGACUGUCAUCUACUCUUGCGAAUUGAAUAAAGAUUUUGAGUACCUGUCAUUGACACAUCCAGAUAUCUAUAGGGCACGUGCAAUGUUAGAACGGCAUACCAAAUUUCGUCACUACCAGUUGCCAUAUACAGCCCCAGUUCCACUCGGAAAAAGACUAAUGCGUCAGCUGGUUGCCAGCAGGAACAGCCAAUCAGAUACAAGGUGGAUGUCGCAUGACUGGUUCAAAUUUCUGUUGGGCUGCACGGCGGGAAUGUGUUUAUCUUUACUUAUCAUGUUAUAUAACCGCGUGAAGUCCGUGCGAGAUGCCAGAGACGUUAAUAUUGUGUUUCUUUCAAUACUCAUAGGUGCAUCAGUGACCUUCCUUAUUUUUAAGUUCAUGAAGAUAUAGUAAUGACUUCAGUGUUUUGUCCACUUUAGUUAUUUGUAAGACAAGCAUCAAUAUUCCUGCAUAUUAUUAAAGGAAAAUGAAUUUGAAAUUAAGAAGAAAAAGUGUUUGACUUAUAUCAAUGCUUUGCAUAAUCUUGCAAUUCUGUUCUCAAAUCUGGUGUUUUAAGAUUUUGGUAUUGCCGGCGACCUAACUAGAAUCUUGGUCUUGUUUUAAUCUUUAGGCUCUCAUAGAAUAUAACUGUAAAAGGACAAAGAAAAGCAGAGUUUCGUGAAGUAACUUUUUUUACCCGCGACUUGUCGGAAUUUCUGUUACAGGAUAGCAUCUGACGUAACCAUACAUGUAAAUGAGUUUAUUAAUACGUUUACAAAAUUACACAAAUGCUCCAGCAAAGUAAAAAAUACUUCUAAAAGCUCUAAUAUAUAUAUAUAUAUACAGAAUGUCCACCGGACGCAUGUAAUGCAUCUAAUUACUGCUGAGAAUAUUAUGCAAAUAAAAUAAUAUGAUACACAAAUAUACACUUGAAACAUUGGAAAUACUUGUCCCGAGUCUGAACUGUCACGGGUUUCACGUGUAGAAUAAGAAAAAUGUUUUCUGUUGUCCAGCCAGACUGUGCCAUUGUUUAGGGAAUGUGACCCGUUACAAAAUUUCAGAAUAAUCAGGCUGUCAGUGCAACAGCAUACGGCUUGGCCAUUGAAGGAGAGUACGAGUCACGUGUCCGUGAGAUUUUGGUAGGCGUGGUGUUGUAGUUCAGCUGAAACAAAUAAAAGUAGUAGGAUUAUAUUACACUUUACAAAUGUUCAAAUGCAUCAUUUAAUAUUUUUGCUUAUACUUUACACUGUAUUAUUUAUUUAUUACAUUUUCGACGUAACUUAAGAAACGACAUGUUUUUCAUAAAAUAAAAUGGAAUUGCUAGUAUACAAUCGUGAUGUAAUAUUUAUUUUACGGCAUAAC